GAGCGACGGCAGAGCUGCAGUCUGGACAAUCCUCUGUGUUUCUGUCUGAAGAAAAUUCGUCUUAGUUCAUCUGUUCUUUCUUAACAUCUGACUCAAAUACUGUGUGUAGACAUGUCUGCUGCCAGAUCUGAAGAUCAGUUUCUGUGCUCCAUCUGUCUGGAUGUGUUCACUGAUCCAGUCUCUAUACCAUGUGGACACAACUUCUGCAAACUCUGCAUCACUGAGUACUGGGAUACUGCUCAUCUAUCUAAGUGUCCACUGUGUAAAAAAGUGUUUGUGAAAAGACCUGAACUUAACAUCAACAGUUUCAUCCAUGAGAUGGUUGCUGAGUUCAGACAUGAAGCUCAACAGAACGCCAACAGCAGCAGCUCAGAACAACAAGCUGCCAAACCAGGAGAAGUUCCCUGUGACGUCUGCACUGGAACCAAACUGAAGGCCCUGAAGUCCUGCCUGGUGUGUCUGCUCUCCUACUGUGACUCUCACCUGGAGCCUCAUCUGACAGUGUCACGUCUGAAAACACAUCAGCUGAUCCACCCUGUGGACAACCUGGAAGACAGGAUGUGUAGGAAGCACGAUAAACCUCUGGAGUUGUUCUGUAAGACCGACCAGACAUGUGUCUGCAUGCUCUGCCCUGUUUUAGACCACAAGACACAUGAUGUUGUUCCUCUGAAAGAAGAAUAUGAAGGAAAGAAGGCAGAGCUGGGGAAGACAGAGGAUCAAAUUCAGCUGAUGAUCCAGAGGAGACGACUGAAGAUUGAGGAGAUGAAAGAGUCAGUGAAGAUGAGUAAAGAUGCUGCAGACAGAGAGAAAGCAGAAGGUGUUCAGGUCUUCAGUGCUCUGAAGGAGUCUGUUGAGAGAGGCCUGGACCAGCUCAUAAAGGAGAUUGAAGACAAACAGAAAACAACAGAGAAACAGGCUGAAGGUUUCAUCAAAGAUCUGGAACAGGAAGUCUUUCAGCUGAUGAAGAGGAGCUCUGAGGUAAAGCAGCUCUCACGCUCUGAAGACCACCUCCACCUCCUCCAAAGCUUCUCCUCCCUGAAAGCUACUCCACCCACCAAGGACUGGACAGAGGUCAGCGUCCGUCGUCCAUCAUAUGAGGGGACUGUGGUGAGAGCUGUGACUCAGCUGGAGGAGAAACUCAGUAAAAACAUGAAGAAGCUGCUUGAGGCUGAGCUGAAGAGGGUCCAGCAGUAUGCAGUGGAUGUGACUCUAGAUCCUGAUACAGCAAAUCCUCACCUCAUCCUGUCUGAUGAUGGAAAACAAGUGAAUCAUCGUGACGUGAGGAAGAAACUUCCAGACAACCCAGAGAGAUUUUCUACAUGUAUUUGUGUUUUAGGAAAGAAGAGUUUCUCUUCAGGCAGAUUGUACUUUCAGGUUCAGGUUAAAGGAAAGACUGACUGGGAUCUAGGAGUGGCCAGAGAGUCAAUCAACAGGAAGGGAGACAUCAAACUGAGACCUCAGAAUGGUUUCUGGACUAUAUGGUUGAGAAAUGGAAAUGAGUACAAAGCUCUGGAUGAGGCUCGAGUCAGUCUCUCUCUUGGUUCUCGUCCUGUGAAGGUGGGGGUGUUUGUGGAUUAUGAGGAGGGUCUGGUCUCCUUUCAUGAUGUCGAUACUGCAGCUGUUAUCUACUCCUUUACUGGCUGCUCCUUCAAUGACAAACUUUACCCAUUCUUCAGUCCUGAGUUGAAUCGUGGUGGUAAAAACUCUGCACCUCUGAUCAUCUGUCCUGUCAUCUGUCCUGUCAAUCAAACUGCAUUCUGAACAAAUAUGAUUUAAUUCUACUGUCAAGACAAGUAUAUCAGUACACUCACGUCCAUAUAGAGUAUAUUUUGGCAGUGAUACAUUUUGUUGUAAAAACCUAUUCACAUCCAAAUGGGACUCAUGGAUGAGGAUUUACAGUCAUUUUUGUGGACAGUACAUGUUGUUGUCAGUGUGAUGCUGUGGAAAGAGGAUCAAAGUUAUCUGUGUGACAAUCACAUUUCUUUAGUAAGAUUUUAAUGAGUAACUGAAUAAUUUCCAUGAGACGCAAAACAAGUUUGUGACUAACUACAGGUUUAUCGCAGGAGGUGAGCAAAUUCUGUGUAGAUGUUCACUGUUCUGGCCUUGUCAUAUUAACAUGCUUCAAUAAAAGCCAAUAACUCGGUGACUAGCGAGGAAGUGUUUAAUUAUCCAGAUGCUAUAAUUGUUAUUGGGAUGUUUUGCCAACUCCCUUUUGGUCUCUAUAUCCAGAACCAUCACUUCACGCCAGUAGUCUAAACCUCUCACCUGAUGAAGACCAUGGAGAGGAUCAUCUUGGCCACGUCCGUCACA